AUGGACACUGCUCAGUUGAAACAGGAAUUUGAGAAGGCUAGUGCGAAGUCAGAUAGGUUAGAGGCUCUGAGGAAUGGUGCAACAGAAAGAUAUGUAGGAGAGAGGACUGUCUUGGAAAACCAAGAGGCUUACUGGUUGGGAGAAAAGAAGAAGUGGGGAGAUGUUUUA